ACCUGAAGUGGCUGUGAUGGGUGACGAUGCUUCGUGGGUUUCAGUUGUUGAUGUGUGCAGAGGGUCCCUGGUUUGAGCCCGGGUAGUGGCUAGGGUGACAGACGAAAGUAAUACUGUUGUAUAUGUAUGUAUAUAUGUAUAUUAAAAAAAUGUCAUUACAUUUAAAAAAAAAUCACUGUCCGUGUGUGUAGUCUGCACAUUUCAGAUUGUUAUCCAUCUCGGUCACACCAAACUCAGUGCUCCUGAUGCCUGGCCGUCGCUAUGGGAACGCAAACUUUGGACAACAUUGGCUACUCUGACUGACUGGUUAGCUACAGUAGCUAGAUACUUUUACCCCAAAACAAUGAAAUAACUAACGUAGUGAAAUACAUUUCGUUUCCUGGACAAAAUGACGUGGAGAAAUAUCGACCCUUUGUCACUUGAUGAGACCAUUGAUGAAGGGAAAGAGGAGAAGGAUGUGGAGAAGAGAAGAGCCUCGGUGUGGGAACAUCAGGAGCUAGCCCAGAUUCCUAUCAAAGUGCUGAGGGGUCACACAGAUGCUGUCACCGGCUGCCACUUCUGCUUUGAUGACACCAAAGUCCUGACCAGUUCCCAGGACAAGACGGCCACUCUGUGGGACACAGAGAGUGGCGCCGCGCUGUUGGUGUUUGAGAGAGGACAUCUGUCCAACAUCUCUGAGUGUGCCUUGAUCCCUGACAAGAAAAGACUGAUUACUGCAUCAUGGGACAAGACCCUAAAUGCAUGGGACCUGGAGACUGGCAAGAUCAUUUGGACUGCAGCUCAGGCUGGUCUCCUGACCUCAUGUAGCGUCUCAGAGGACGGGAAGUACGUAGUCUCCUCCUCCGACCUGGAGAAUGCAAUCUGCCUGACCUCAGCUGAUACAGGGGAGAGGCUCUUCCACAUCAAAGAUCACCACAAGUCUACGAUCACGCGGUGCCGGUUUGAUCCUCAGAGUCAGCACGUAGCCAGUGUCUCUGAAGACAGAACCAUCAAACUGUGGGACCUGGUCUCCACCCAAACCACCCUCUCCAUCAACAGCACCCACACCAACGUCAUCUCGAACUGCUGUUUCACUGCUAACGGACGCUACUUGUGCACUGCAUCAUGGGACAAGACUCUGCAGCUGUGGGACGUCCAGACAGGAACGUUCCGUUCCCACGGUGGCCUGACCCUUAGCAAGGGACACGACGGAUCCGUCAGCUCCUGCACCUUCUCUGUGGAUGGGUCAGUCCUUGUGUCGGGGGCGUAUGACAGAACAGUGGCUGUGUGGAACAUGGAGACCCUCUGCAAGACCCUGGAGUUGAAGGGACAUGCGGAUUGGGUGACAGAUGUGGCAAUCAGUGCGGACAAAAAAUGGGUGGCCUCAGCUUCCAAGGACACCACUGUCAGGUUGUGGAAUAUAGAACACUCUGAAGAGAUACCUGCCGUUAUUGAGACCAGGAAGGCUCAGGGAAUGGGCUAUCAUAUCCUCCAGUGUGAGGAGUGUGGAAAGGCUUUCUCCAUUUCUCGACUGGAGAACUCCGACUUGGUCACCAAGUGUGUGUUCUGCCGAUUGAAGACAGAAACCAGAUCCCGUCUUCAACCUCCUCCUCUGUUGUCUAGUGUUCUGCCGAUUGAAGACAGAAACCAGAUCCCAUCUUCAACCACCUCCUCUGUUGUCUAGUGUUCUGCCGAUUGAAGACAGAAACCAGAUCCCAUCUUCAACCACCUCCUCUGUUGUCUAGUAAUUGUGGGACACAAUCAUGAAGUGGAACGACAUUUAUUGGAUAUUUCAAACUUUUUUAACAAAUCAAAAACUGAAAAAUUGGGCGUGCAAAAUUA